UUACCCAACGAUCUACGUACCGCCACUUGCGACUCUCUGCCAACCGCCCUUCCACAGCAUGCACCGUCCAUUAUAACACCUAUCUACAACACACAAUGCGCAGCCAAAUACAACGUCAGGCCGCGCGUGCACUGCGGUGCUUCAGACACAUCCCCGCUGCGCGCUUGCAAUCGUCGACAGCUCCCAUACAGCCCAGCCUACGAUGCGCCGCUCUCCGAUCAAUAUCGACAACCACGCGCCUCCGCACAGGCGAGGCGCCCCGUCCGGCGACAGACUUUGGCAGUCUUGAUGUGCUGGGGAACACACCGGCGCCGUCCACGUCUGUAGACGUUUGCAUGCACGACGGCUUCGGCCUGAACAGCAACGUCACGAUCAGGGGAGGAGAUGGUGCGCUACUGGUGUCGGGCGAGGCCUUCUCCUGGAGGCCAUGGGCGGCACGCGGGGACGGUCAGAUGACGAUCUUGAACAAGAAGGGACAGGUUGAAUUUUCGAAAGAAGCCUUUGGCGUCCUGGACCUGCUCUGGCCACGGCCUGAUCUCCUCAUCAUCGGCGUGGGUAAAGAGAUUAGGCCGUUGAGCCCCGAUACGAGCAAGAUGCUGGCUUCGCUGGGUCUCAGGGUAGAUGUGAUGGACACGAGGAACGCGGCUGCUCAGUUCAACAUGCUAGCUACGGAGAGAGGUGUUUCUGAUGUUGCUGCUGCGCUGAUUCCCAUGGGCUGGAAGGAGGGUGUGGGAGCUGCCUUGCCUGAGGGUCAUGACAAGGAGCAGGAUCAGGAGUGAUUGGGGGUGACUGUGUAUGAUUCUGUAAACUACGAUAGUGCAGUGUAUACUACUCGGAGCAAACAAGAUAUUUGGGUCGACCUUUUGACCUCGAUCAAGCCAUGUCUCCUCCAGUGGAUAUAUCUCAACUUGGGCUAAAUCUGAGGAACUUCAAUUCACAUUGUACUUGGACCACGAUCC